GAGCUCUGUGUCCCUGUCGUGACGAUGAUGGUCUGAGACGCGUCGAGCUUGGGCGCUGCCCCUCCAUUCCACCUUCCCGAACCUCCAGCGCGACUACCUUCACUGCUACCUGCCUGGGCACUAUGAGUCUGAAAUCUGUUCGGUGACCUACAGCCAUGAUAAUCAAGGUUUUCGACAUUACUUGACCCCCUAUUCCCUUCACCAGGACGCCCAAACCAAUCGCCAGCACCAUGAAGUCAUCAGAUCCCGCCCGACCCAGCAGCCGUCGCGCCGCCUCAGGUGCAUGGAACCGCUUGAAACCAGUUCGCGAAGAUGUUCUAGAGACAUAUGGGCUGCCUUCCAAGGGAGAGACGCGGCUCAAUGACUUCAAAACGCAAGAAGUCUACUUCAACCGCAUCAUAGAGCGCUACAUGAAGCUCUGCGCCCUCAACCGCGAUGAACUAGACCGUCUCUUCGUCUCAGUCAGCGUCCCCCAGUCCACUUCCACAGAUACGAAGUCAGCCUCGACCGCAAACUCCAAACUCACAUCGUCCUUCUCCUCGCUUUCCCUCUCUAAACACGCGCCCCCAGAGCACCAAUAUGCCAGCCGCCCGCCCCUCGCCUCCACCUCUACAAACACAUCUACGACACACCAGCACCACCCGAUCCCCCAGAAAGCCUUCACGCUCUCCAUAAACGAACUAGCCACAGUGCUCGCCUCCCUGCGCAAACUCCGCGAAGCAAUAACAGCCUCGAACCGCAGCGACGCCUUCGCCCUGCGCGCAUACACCUUCGCGAUCCACGUCAGCAUCCUCUGCCACGACUGGGCCUCGUACCUCCCCUCUCUCCUCUCCCUGCUCAACACAAUACACCCACGGAAUCCCUUGUCACCCUCUACCUUGCACGAAUUCGUCGGGCUGUUGAUCCUCGAUCAAGCGUGUCGGCAAUCCGAUUUUGCGGGCGCAAGAGCGACGAAGUUGGCAUAUGGGUACAAGGACUGGAGGGUGGAGAAGGUGCUGAAGUGUCUUGUCGCAGAUGAUUACGUGGGAUUCUGGCGGGUAAGGAAGAGUGUGGAUGGGUAUCAGAGGAGUGUUAUGGAGUGGGCUGAUGGCGGGGUGAGGGUGCAUGCGCUCAAGUGUCUGGGCAAAGCGUAUUUGAGUGCGGACAAGGGCUUUGUGGAGAGGGUCACGGAGAGGAGGUGGGAGGAGUUGGUCAGUGAGGGGGUGGGCUGGGAGUUAAGUGCUGAUGGGGAGAAGGUGUUGAUUAAAAAGCCAAAGGGGACGUGAGCGAGAACUUUGAUACCCAGUGCUUGUGUGACGGGGAUGGAAGCACGGAUCGAGCG